CACACAACACACUCGCAGCAUAUUUCCCCAAAUUCACAGUACUACCAACUCCAACUACACCUAUGGCUGCCUCUAAGAGAUCAGAAAUGUGGUCUCUCAUAAGUGAGAUUGACCACACCAAAACCAGUUGGGCCUUAAGAGUUCGGGGGGUUCGGGUACACAAAGUUUCAGCUCAUGCAAGGGGAGGCAACACUCUGGAAAUGGUGCUGCAUGAUGAGGAGGGUACUCGGAUUCACGCUGUGGUGAAACGUCCUCAGGUCGCUUUGUUUAGGCCUCAAGAUAUGGAAGACAAUGUUGAUGCCAUGAAAAAUUUCAUGGUGGUGGACAAUUACCAGCUGUACAAGACCACCUCUCACCGCGGUUUAAAAAGAAAUGUUGUUUCAAAUCACUAUUACAAUAGAUAUUAAAGUAAAUAAUUAAAUAAAUAUUAAAAGAAAGUACACAUUUUGGUAUACACAGCAUGACUGCAAAGAUUAGCUUCAAAAAACAACAACUAUUCCUAUAGAUAUAUACAUGUAUAUCUAUAUGGAUGAUAAGUAUGUUUAAAGACCAAGUGUUCAUAUAGGAAUUAGUAUGGCAGUGUAGUUUUAAAAAGAAAUGUGGUUUUAAAUCACUAUUACAAUAUAUAUUAAAUUAAAUAAUUAAAUAAGUAUUAAAAGAAAGUACACAUUUUAGUGAAAAGAUAAUGCUACAGUAAAACCAGUACUAAAACCGAGUUUUUAAGAUGUAUGUAUCAUAGUUUGAAAAUCAUAUUUAGUUUAAUUUUAGUAUUGUUUACGAAAAGAUAGGAUUUCAUAAUACUUUUAUAGAUUAUUUGUUUAAUUUACCUAAAUAAUAGAAUUUCAUAUAUACAAUAAGUUUGACAGUUUGGUUUUAAAAACGAAUGUGGUUUGAAAUCAGUAUUAUGUUACAUAUAAAAUAUAAAAUAAGUAAUAAAUGAAGUAAAGAUAGAGGUUAAAACAGAAAUCAACCUUGGAUCCAGUAAUUAAAACGGUAAUUUAAGAUGUACUGGAGCAUAGUUUAAAAAACAGUUUUAAAGUUUUAGUUUUAAAGAUGUUGAAAAACACAUUUAAGAGGUAUUUAAGCAUAGUUUGAAAAUUUGAUUUUGUUUGAAACCCAUAUGGGUUGAAAAAUAUUCAUCUAAAGUGUUACAUGACAUAUUACAUGAAAGUAAAUGAAAGUAAAGACUUUGGAUAAAAACAGAAUCCUACCUUGGAACCAGUAUUCGAACAAGGUAUUUAAGAUGUAGCAGAGCAUAGUUUGAAAAACAGAUUUUGUUCAAACUCAUAUUGUUUAAAAAAUGAUUGUCUAACCUGUUAUACCAAUAAUGACACACAAAGGUAUAUACACGAUAGAAUAUAGGUAUGACAGAUUAGGUGUAAAAACUUAGUCUUGAUUUAUGAAAAAUAGCUUUUAAGUAUAGGGUUGUAAAAAUAAAUAUUGUAUUAAAUCAGUAUUACAUUAUAUGUUAAAUAACUAUUAAAUGAAAGUAAACACUUGAUUAAACCGCAAAGCAUCCUUAAAAACACUAUUCAAACCGAGUAUUUAAGAGGUAUGAGAGUAUAGUCCGAAAACUGAUUUUGUUUGAAAUCCAUAUAGUUUGAAAAAUAUUGAUAAAAAGUGUUACACUAAUAGUUAGGAAUGAAAUAGUUAUUUAGAUGUUAGAUUAUAUGUGAGAGAUAUUUUGUAAAAACCAAGCGUUAAAUGGAUCAACCAAGGUUUAAUCUUGGGUUUUAAAAAUUAAGAACAAAUAAACAUCGAAA